UUUUUCCUCCAUUUGAUCCAACCAUCCCAAUGUCCAACUGCAGCCUCUUCCAACAUGUCAGCUGCUUCAGCCCCUGCUGUGGCUGCUGCCUACUCCUCCAUAUCCCAACACUCCCUCAGAUCUCCCUCAAUUCCUCCCUCCAAUCCACCUCUCCUUUCCUCAACAAACCAAAAAAGUGCCUUCCAUGGCUUGCAACUGUUGGAGGGGAGAAGGAUAUCUUCCAUAGCUGAGAGAGAGAGAAGUUGGGGGAGGAAAGGGCUUGAGAUCAGUGCGAGAACUGCUGGUGCAUCAAAGAGCAUUGAGGUCGAAGUUGACAAGCCCCUGGGCCUGACCUUGGGGCAGAAACCCGCGGGUGGAGUCGUCAUCACUGCUGUGGAUGGUGGUGGAAAUGCAGCAAAGGCAGGGUUAAAAGCUGGGGACCAAGUCCUGUACACAAGCAGCUUCUUUGGAGAUGAACUUUGGCCUGCGGACAAGCUGGGAUUUACCAAAACUGCUAUUCAAGCAAAGCCAGAUUCUGUAUAUUUUGUAGUAAGCAGGGGAGCAGAGGUAGAUGUAAAGCGAUUGCCAAAGAGGCCAGCUCCACCUCGCUUUGGCCGAAAAUUAACUGAAGCACAAAAGGCUAGAGCAACUCACAUAUGUCUGGACUGUGGAUUUAUUUACACUCUGCAGAAGCCUUUUGAUGAACAGCCUGAUUCCUAUGUUUGUCCUCAAUGCAAUGCACCAAAGAAGCGAUUCACACGUUAUGACGUGAAGACUGGAAAACCUAUUGGUGGUAGCUUGCCACCCAUCGGGGUGAUCGUUGGUCUGGUGGCUGGGAUUGCAGCAGUUGGAGCUCUGCUUGUCUAUGGUCUUCGAUAGUUUCCAUAUGUUAAUUCAAGACACUCUGAUUGUACUUUCACAUUGUGUAAUUCUCCUAUUCUUAUCAAGCCAAUGAUAUCAAUUUCUGUUCACAGCCUAACUCAUUGCGAUGAACGCAGUACGAGAGUUGGAGAAUUGUAUGCUUUCCAUUUCAUUGGAGAACAUAAAUUGCACGCAUUAUUACUUGCAU